AUGCCAAUUCGGGGGAUUUCAAACGCAGGAGGAGCAGGAGGGAGCUUCAAAGCACAACAGUCCGUGUUUGAGUGGGCGGCAGAGACAAGGAUAAAGCAGAGGCAGCAGCGGAAGAGGGAGUUUGAGAAGGCCUUAGGGCAGCAGGCAGGAGCUCCUAUGGUGGUUGCAGGGAGGGGUGAUGAUCCUGCGAGGUGGCAACACUGGGUGCGAGCCUGCGAGGUGGCAACACUGGGUGCGAGCCUGCGAGGUGGCAACACUGGGUGCGAGCCUGCGAGGUGGCAACACUGGGUGCGAGCCUGCGAGGUGGCAACACUGGGUGCGAGCCUGCGAGGUGGCAACACUGGGUGCGAGCCUGCGAGGUGGCAACACUGGGUGCGAGCCUGCGAGGUGGCAACACUGGGUGCGAGCCUGCGAGGUGGCAACACUGGGUGCGAGCCUGCGAGGUGGCAACACUGGGUGCGAGCCUGCGAGGUGGCAACACUGGGUGCGAGCCUGCGAGGUGGCAACACUGGGUGCGAGCCUGCGAGGUGGCAACACUGGGUGCGAGCCUGCGAGGUGGCAACACUGGGUGCGAGCCUGCGAGGUGGCAACACUGGGUGCGAGCCUGCGAGGUGGCAACACUGGGUGCGAGCCUGCGAGGUGGCAACACUGGGUGCGAGCCUGCGAGGUGGCAACACUGGGUGCGAGCCUGCGAGGUGGCAACACUGGGUGCGAGCCUGCGAGGUGGCAACACUGGGUGCGAGCCUGCGAGGUGGCAACACUGGGUGCGAGCCUGCGAGGUGGCAACACUGGGUGCGAGCCUGCGAGGUGGCAACACUGGGUGCGAGCCUGCGAGGUGGCAACACUGGGUGCGAGCCUGCGAGGUGGCAACACUGGGUGCGAGCCUGCGAGGUGGCAACACUGGGUGCGAGCCUGCGAGGUGGCAACACUGGGUGCGAGCCUGCGAGGUGGCAACACUGGGUGCGAGCCUGCGAGGUGGCAACACUGGGUGCGAGCCUGCGAGGUGGCAACACUGGGUGCGAGCCUGCGAGGUGGCAACACUGGGUGCGAGCCUGCGAGGUGGCAACACUGGGUGCGAGCCUGCGAGGUGGCAACACUGGGUGCGAGCCUGCGAGGUGGCAACACUGGGUGCGAGCCUGCGAGGUGGCAACACUGGGUGCGAGCCUGCGAGGUGGCAACACUGGGUGCGAGCCUGCGAGGUGGCAACACUGGGUGCGAGCCUGCGAGGUGGCAACACUGGGUGCGAGCCUGCGAGGUGGCAACACUGGGUGCGAGCCUGCGAGGUGGCAACACUGGGUGCGAGCCUGCGAGGUGGCAACACUGGGUGCGAGCCUGCGAGGUGGCAACACUGGGUGCGAGCCUGCGAGGUGGCAACACUGGGUGCGAGCCUGCGAGGUGGCAACACUGGGUGCGAGCCUGCGAGGUGGCAACACUGGGUGCGAGCCUGCGAGGUGGCAACACUGGGUGCGAGCCUGCGAGGUGGCAACACUGGGUGCGAGCCUGCGAGGUGGCAACACUGGGUGCGAGCCUGCGAGGUGGCAACACUGGGUGCGAGCCUGCGAGGUGGCAACACUGGGUGCGAGCCUGCGAGGUGGCAACACUGGGUGCGAGCCUGCGAGGUGGCAACACUGGGUGCGAGCCUGCGAGGUGGCAACACUGGGUGCGAGCCUGCGAGGUGGCAACACUGGGUGCGAGCCUGCGAGGUGGCAACACUGGGUGCGAGCCUGCGAGGUGGCAACACUGGGUGCGAGCCUGCGAGGUGGCAACACUGGGUGCGAGCCUGCGAGGUGGCAACACUGGGUGCGAGCCUGCGAGGUGGCAACACUGGGUGCGAGCCUGCGAGGUGGCAACACUGGGUGCGAGCCUGCGAGGUGGCAACACUGGGUGCGAGCCUGCGAGGUGGCAACACUGGGUGCGAGCCUGCGAGGUGGCAACACUGGGUGCGAGCCUGCGAGGUGGCAACACUGGGUGCGAGCCUGCGAGGUGGCAACACUGGGUGCGAGCCUGCGAGGUGGCAACACUGGGUGCGAGCCUGCGAGGUGGCAACACUGGGUGCGAGCCUGCGAGGUGGCAACACUGGGUGCGAGCCUGCGAGGUGGCAACACUGGGUGCGAGCCUGCGAGGUGGCAACACUGGGUGCGAGCCUGCGAGGUGGCAACACUGGGUGCGAGCCUGCGAGGUGGCAACACUGGGUGCGAGCCUGCGAGGUGGCAACACUGGGUGCGAGCCUGCGAGGUGGCAACACUGGGUGCGAGCCUGCGAGGUGGCAACACUGGGUGCGAGCCUGCGAGGUGGCAACACUGGGUGCGAGCCUGCGAGGUGGCAACACUGGGUGCGAGCCUGCGAGGUGGCAACACUGGGUGCGAGCCUGCGAGGUGGCAACACUGGGUGCGAGCCUGCGAGGUGGCAACACUGGGUGCGAGCCUGCGAGGUGGCAACACUGGGUGCGAGCCUGCGAGGUGGCAACACUGGGUGCGAGCCUGCGAGGUGGCAACACUGGGUGCGAGCCUGCGAGGUGGCAACACUGGGUGCGAGCCUGCGAGGUGGCAACACUGGGUGCGAGCCUGCGAGGUGGCAACACUGGGUGCGAGCCUGCGAGGUGGCAACACUGGGUGCGAGCCUGCGAGGUGGCAACACUGGGUGCGAGCCUGCGAGGUGGCAACACUGGGUGCGAGCCUGCGAGGUGGCAACACUGGGUGCGAGCCUGCGAGGUGGCAACACUGGGUGCGAGCCUGCGAGGUGGCAACACUGGGUGCGAGCCUGCGAGGUGGCAACACUGGGUGCGAGCCUGCGAGGUGGCAACACUGGGUGCGAGCCUGCGAGGUGGCAACACUGGGUGCGAGCCUGCGAGGUGGCAACACUGGGUGCGAGCCUGCGAGGUGGCAACACUGGGUGCGAGCCUGCGAGGUGGCAACACUGGGUGCGAGCCUGCGAGGUGGCAACACUGGGUGCGAGCCUGCGAGGUGGCAACACUGGGUGCGAGCCUGCGAGGUGGCAACACUGGGUGCGAGCCUGCGAGGUGGCAACACUGGGUGCGAGCCUGCGAGGUGGCAACACUGGGUGCGAGCCUGCGAGGUGGCAACACUGGGUGCGAGCCUGCGAGGUGGCAACACUGGGUGCGAGCCUGCGAGGUGGCAACACUGGGUGCGAGCCUGCGAGGUGGCAACACUGGGUGCGAGCCUGCGAGGUGGCAACACUGGGUGCGAGCCUGCGAGGUGGCAACACUGGGUGCGAGCCUGCGAGGUGGCAACACUGGGUGCGAGCCUGCGAGGUGGCAACACUGGGUGCGAGCCUGCGAGGUGGCAACACUGGGUGCGAGCCUGCGAGGUGGCAACACUGGGUGCGAGCCUGCGAGGUGGCAACACUGGGUGCGAGCCUGCGAGGUGGCAACACUGGGUGCGAGCCUGCGAGGUGGCAACACUGGGUGCGAGCCUGCGAGGUGGCAACACUGGGUGCGAGCCUGCGAGGUGGCAACACUGGGUGCGAGCCUGCGAGGUGGCAACACUGGGUGCGAGCCUGCGAGGUGGCAACACUGGGUGCGAGCCUGCGAGGUGGCAACACUGGGUGCGAGCCUGCGAGGUGGCAACACUGGGUGCGAGCCUGCGAGGUGGCAACACUGGGUGCGAGCCUGCGAGGUGGCAACACUGGGUGCGAGCCUGCGAGGUGGCAACACUGGGUGCGAGCCUGCGAGGUGGCAACACUGGGUGCGAGCCUGCGAGGUGGCAACACUGGGUGCGAGCCUGCGAGGUGGCAACACUGGGUGCGAGCCUGCGAGGUGGCAACACUGGGUGCGAGCCUGCGAGGUGGCAACACUGGGUGCGAGCCUGCGAGGUGGCAACACUGGGUGCGAGCCUGCGAGGUGGCAACACUGGGUGCGAGCCUGCGAGGUGGCAACACUGGGUGCGAGCCUGCGAGGUGGCAACACUGGGUGCGAGCCUGCGAGGUGGCAACACUGGGUGCGAGCCUGCGAGGUGGCAACACUGGGUGCGAGCCUGCGAGGUGGCAACACUGGGUGCGAGCCUGCGAGGUGGCAACACUGGGUGCGAGCCUGCGAGGUGGCAACACUGGGUGCGAGCCUGCGAGGUGGCAACACUGGGUGCGAGCCUGCGAGGUGGCAACACUGGGUGCGAGCCUGCGAGGUGGCAACACUGGGUGCGAGCCUGCGAGGUGGCAACACUGGGUGCGAGCCUGCGAGGUGGCAACACUGGGUGCGAGCCUGCGAGGUGGCAACACUGGGUGCGAGCCUGCGAGGUGGCAACACUGGGUGCGAGCCUGCGAGGUGGCAACACUGGGUGCGAGCCUGCGAGGUGGCAACACUGGGUGCGAGCCUGCGAGGUGGCAACACUGGGUGCGAGCCUGCGAGGUGGCAACACUGGGUGCGAGCCUGCGAGGUGGCAACACUGGGUGCGAGCCUGCGAGGUGGCAACACUGGGUGCGAGCCUGCGAGGUGGCAACACUGGGUGCGAGCCUGCGAGGUGGCAACACUGGGUGCGAGCCUGCGAGGUGGCAACACUGGGUGCGAGCCUGCGAGGUGGCAACACUGGGUGCGAGCCUGCGAGGUGGCAACACUGGGUGCGAGCCUGCGAGGUGGCAACACUGGGUGCGAGCCUGCGAGGUGGCAACACUGGGUGCGAGCCUGCGAGGUGGCAACACUGGGUGCGAGCCUGCGAGGUGGCAACACUGGGUGCGAGCCUGCGAGGUGGCAACACUGGGUGCGAGCCUGCGAGGUGGCAACACUGGGUGCGAGCCUGCGAGGUGGCAACACUGGGUGCGAGCCUGCGAGGUGGCAACACUGGGUGCGAGCCUGCGAGGUGGCAACACUGGGUGCGAGCCUGCGAGGUGGCAACACUGGGUGCGAGCCUGCGAGGUGGCAACACUGGGUGCGAGCCUGCGAGGUGGCAACACUGGGUGCGAGCCUGCGAGGUGGCAACACUGGGUGCGAGCCUGCGAGGUGGCAACACUGGGUGCGAGCCUGCGAGGUGGCAACACUGGGUGCGAGCCUGCGAGGUGGCAACACUGGGUGCGAGCCUGCGAGGUGGCAACACUGGGUGCGAGCCUGCGAGGUGGCAACACUGGGUGCGAGCCUGCGAGGUGGCAACACUGGGUGCGAGCCUGCGAGGUGGCAACACUGGGUGCGAGCCUGCGAGGUGGCAACACUGGGUGCGAGCCUGCGAGGUGGCAACACUGGGUGCGAGCCUGCGAGGUGGCAACACUGGGUGCGAGCCUGCGAGGUGGCAACACUGGGUGCGAGCCUGCGAGGUGGCAACACUGGGUGCGAGCCUGCGAGGUGGCAACACUGGGUGCGAGCCUGCGAGGUGGCAACACUGGGUGCGAGCCUGCGAGGUGGCAACACUGGGUGCGAGCCUGCGAGGUGGCAACACUGGGUGCGAGCCUGCGAGGUGGCAACACUGGGUGCGAGCCUGCGAGGUGGCAACACUGGGUGCGAGCCUGCGAGGUGGCAACACUGGGUGCGAGCCUGCGAGGUGGCAACACUGGGUGCGAGCCUGCGAGGUGGCAACACUGGGUGCGAGCCUGCGAGGUGGCAACACUGGGUGCGAGCCUGCGAGGUGGCAACACUGGGUGCGAGCCUGCGAGGUGGCAACACUGGGUGCGAGCCUGCGAGGUGGCAACACUGGGUGCGAGCCUGCGAGGUGGCAACACUGGGUGCGAGCCUGCGAGGUGGCAACACUGGGUGCGAGCCUGCGAGGUGGCAACACUGGGUGCGAGCCUGCGAGGUGGCAACACUGGGUGCGAGCCUGCGAGGUGGCAACACUGGGUGCGAGCCUGCGAGGUGGCAACACUGGGUGCGAGCCUGCGAGGUGGCAACACUGGGUGCGAGCCUGCGAGGUGGCAACACUGGGUGCGAGCCUGCGAGGUGGCAACACUGGGUGCGAGCCUGCGAGGUGGCAACACUGGGUGCGAGCCUGCGAGGUGGCAACACUGGGUGCGAGCCUGCGAGGUGGCAACACUGGGUGCGAGCCUGCGAGGUGGCAACACUGGGUGCGAGCCUGCGAGGUGGCAACACUGGGUGCGAGCCUGCGAGGUGGCAACACUGGGUGCGAGCCUGCGAGGUGGCAACACUGGGUGCGAGCCUGCGAGGUGGCAACACUGGGUGCGAGCCUGCGAGGUGGCAACACUGGGUGCGAGCCUGCGAGGUGGCAACACUGGGUGCGAGCCUGCGAGGUGGCAACACUGGGUGCGAGCCUGCGAGGUGGCAACACUGGGUGCGAGCCUGCGAGGUGGCAACACUGGGUGCGAGCCUGCGAGGUGGCAACACUGGGUGCGAGCCUGCGAGGUGGCAACACUGGGUGCGAGCCUGCGAGGUGGCAACACUGGGUGCGAGCCUGCGAGGUGGCAACACUGGGUGCGAGCCUGCGAGGUGGCAACACUGGGUGCGAGCCUGCGAGGUGGCAACACUGGGUGCGAGCCUGCGAGGUGGCAACACUGGGUGCGAGCCUGCGAGGUGGCAACACUGGGUGCGAGCCUGCGAGGUGGCAACACUGGGUGCGAGCCUGCGAGGUGGCAACACUGGGUGCGAGCCUGCGAGGUGGCAACACUGGGUGCGAGCCUGCGAGGUGGCAACACUGGGUGCGAGCCUGCGAGGUGGCAACACUGGGUGCGAGCCUGCGAGGUGGCAACACUGGGUGCGAGCCUGCGAGGUGGCAACACUGGGUGCGAGCCUGCGAGGUGGCAACACUGGGUGCGAGCCUGCGAGGUGGCAACACUGGGUGCGAGCCUGCGAGGUGGCAACACUGGGUGCGAGCCUGCGAGGUGGCAACACUGGGUGCGAGCCUGCGAGGUGGCAACACUGGGGUGCGAGCCUGCGAGGUGGCAACACUGGGUGCGAGCCUGCGAGGUGGCAACACUGGGUGCGAGCCUGCGAGGUGGCAACACUGGGUGCGAGCCUGCGAGGUGGCAACACUGGGUGCGAGCCUGCGAGGUGGCAACACUGGGUGCGAGCCUGCGAGGUGGCAACACUGGGUGCGAGCCUGCGAGGUGGCAACACUGGGUGCGAGCCUGCGAGGUGGCAACACUGGGUGCGAGCCUGCGAGGUGGCAACACUGGGUGCGAGCCUGCGAGGUGGCAACACUGGGUGCGAGCCUGCGAGGUGGCAACACUGGGUGCGAGCCUGCGAGGUGGCAACACUGGGUGCGAGCCUGCGAGGUGGCAACACUGGGUGCGAGCCUGCGAGGUGGCAACACUGGGUGCGAGCCUGCGAGGUGGCAACACUGGGUGCGAGCCUGCGAGGUGGCAACACUGGGUGCGAGCCUGCGAGGUGGCAACACUGGGUGCGAGCCUGCGAGGUGGCAACACUGGGUGCGAGCCUGCGAGGUGGCAACACUGGGUGCGAGCCUGCGAGGUGGCAACACUGGGUGCGAGCCUGCGAGGUGGCAACACUGGGUGCGAGCCUGCGAGGUGGCAACACUGGGUGCGAGCCUGCGAGGUGGCAACACUGGGUGCGAGCCUGCGAGGUGGCAACACUGGGUGCGAGCCUGCGAGGUGGCAACACUGGGUGCGAGCCUGCGAGGUGGCAACACUGGGUGCGAGCCUGCGAGGUGGCAACACUGGGUGCGAGCCUGCGAGGUGGCAACACUGGGUGCGAGCCUGCGAGGUGGCAACACUGGGUGCGAGCCUGCGAGGUGGCAACACUGGGUGCGAGCCUGCGAGGUGGCAACACUGGGUGCGAGCCUGCGAGGUGGCAACACUGGGUGCGAGCCUGCGAGGUGGCAACACUGGGUGCGAGCCUGCGAGGUGGCAACACUGGGUGCGAGCCUGCGAGGUGGCAACACUGGGUGCGAGCCUGCGAGGUGGCAACACUGGGUGCGAGCCUGCGAGGUGGCAACACUGGGUGCGAGCCUGCGAGGUGGCAACACUGGGUGCGAGCCUGCGAGGUGGCAACACUGGGUGCGAGCCUGCGAGGUGGCAACACUGGGUGCGAGCCUGCGAGGUGGCAACACUGGGUGCGAGCCUGCGAGGUGGCAACACUGGGUGCGAGCCUGCGAGGUGGCAACACUGGGUGCGAGCCUGCGAGGUGGCAACACUGGGUGCGAGCCUGCGAGGUGGCAACACUGGGUGCGAGCCUGCGAGGUGGCAACACUGGGUGCGAGCCUGCGAGGUGGCAACACUGGGUGCGAGCCUGCGAGGUGGCAACACUGGGUGCGAGCCUGCGAGGUGGCAACACUGGGUGCGAGCCUGCGAGGUGGCAACACUGGGUGCGAGCCUGCGAGGUGGCAACACUGGGUGCGAGCCUGCGAGGUGGCAACACUGGGUGCGAGCCUGCGAGGUGGCAACACUGGGUGCGAGCCUGCGAGGUGGCAACACUGGGUGCGAGCCUGCGAGGUGGCAACACUGGGUGCGAGCCUGCGAGGUGGCAACACUGGGUGCGAGCCUGCGAGGUGGCAACACUGGGUGCGAGCCUGCGAGGUGGCAACACUGGGUGCGAGCCUGCGAGGUGGCAACACUGGGUGCGAGCCUGCGAGGUGGCAACACUGGGUGCGAGCCUGCGAGGUGGCAACACUGGGUGCGAGCCUGCGAGGUGGCAACACUGGGUGCGAGCCUGCGAGGUGGCAACACUGGGUGCGAGCCUGCGAGGUGGCAACACUGGGUGCGAGCCUGCGAGGUGGCAACACUGGGUGCGAGCCUGCGAGGUGGCAACACUGGGUGCGAGCCUGCGAGGUGGCAACACUGGGUGCGAGCCUGCGAGGUGGCAACACUGGGUGCGAGCCUGCGAGGUGGCAACACUGGGUGCGAGCCUGCGAGGUGGCAACACUGGGUGCGAGCCUGCGAGGUGGCAACACUGGGUGCGAGCCUGCGAGGUGGCAACACUGGGUGCGAGCCUGCGAGGUGGCAACACUGGGUGCGAGCCUGCGAGGUGGCAACACUGGGUGCGAGCCUGCGAGGUGGCAACACUGGGUGCGAGCCUGCGAGGUGGCAACACUGGGUGCGAGCCUGCGAGGUGGCAACACUGGGUGCGAGCCUGCGAGGUGGCAACACUGGGUGCGAGCCUGCGAGGUGGCAACACUGGGUGCGAGCCUGCGAGGUGGCAACACUGGGUGCGAGCCUGCGAGGUGGCAACACUGGGUGCGAGCCUGCGAGGUGGCAACACUGGGUGCGAGCCUGCGAGGUGGCAACACUGGGUGCGAGCCUGCGAGGUGGCAACACUGGGUGCGAGCCUGCGAGGUGGCAACACUGGGUGCGAGCCUGCGAGGUGGCAACACUGGGUGCGAGCCUGCGAGGUGGCAACACUGGGUGCGAGCCUGCGAGGUGGCAACACUGGGUGCGAGCCUGCGAGGUGGCAACACUGGGUGCGAGCCUGCGAGGUGGCAACACUGGGUGCGAGCCUGCGAGGUGGCAACACUGGGUGCGAGCCUGCGAGGUGGCAACACUGGGUGCGAGCCUGCGAGGGUGGCAACACUGGGUGCGAGCCUGCGAGGUGGCAACACUGGGUGCGAGCCUGCGAGGUGGCAACACUGGGUGCGAGCCUGCGAGGUGGCAACACUGGGUGCGAGCCUGCGAGGUGGCAACACUGGGUGCGAGCCUGCGAGGUGGCAACACUGGGUGCGAGCCUGCGAGGUGGCAACACUGGGUGCGAGCCUGCGAGGUGGCAACACUGGGUGCGAGCCUGCGAGGUGGCAACACUGGGUGCGAGCCUGCGAGGUGGCAACACUGGGUGCGAGCCUGCGAGGUGGCAACACUGGGUGCGAGCCUGCGAGGUGGCAACACUGGGUGCGAGCCUGCGAGGUGGCAACACUGGGUGCGAGCCUGCGAGGUGGCAACACUGGGUGCGAGCCUGCGAGGUGGCAACACUGGGUGCGAGCCUGCGAGGUGGCAACACUGGGUGCGAGCCUGCGAGGUGGCAACACUGGGUGCGAGCCUGCGAGGUGGCAACACUGGGUGCGAGCCUGCGAGGUGGCAACACUGGGUGCGAGCCUGCGAGGUGGCAACACUGGGUGCGAGCCUGCGAGGUGGCAACACUGGGUGCGAGCCUGCGAGGUGGCAACACUGGGUGCGAGCCUGCGAGGUGGCAACACUGGGUGCGAGCCUGCGAGGUGGCAACACUGGGUGCGAGCCUGCGAGGUGGCAACACUGGGUGCGAGCCUGCGAGGUGGCAACACUGGGUGCGAGCCUGCGAGGUGGCAACACUGGGUGCGAGCCUGCGAGGUGGCAACACUGGGUGCGAGCCUGCGAGGUGGCAACACUGGGUGCGAGCCUGCGAGGUGGCAACACUGGGUGCGAGCCUGCGAGGUGGCAACACUGGGUGCGAGCCUGCGAGGUGGCAACACUGGGUGCGAGCCUGCGAGGUGGCAACACUGGGUGCGAGCCUGCGAGGUGGCAACACUGGGUGCGAGCCUGCGAGGUGGCAACACUGGGUGCGAGCCUGCGAGGUGGCAACACUGGGUGCGAGCCUGCGAGGUGGCAACACUGGGUGCGAGCCUGCGAGGUGGCAACACUGGGUGCGAGCCUGCGAGGUGGCAACACUGGGUGCGAGCCUGCGAGGUGGCAACACUGGGUGCGAGCCUGCGAGGUGGCAACACUGGGUGCGAGCCUGCGAGGUGGCAACACUGGGUGCGAGCCUGCGAGGUGGCAACACUGGGUGCGAGCCUGCGAGGUGGCAACACUGGGUGCGAGCCUGCGAGGUGGCAACACUGGGUGCGAGCCUGCGAGGUGGCAACACUGGGUGCGAGCCUGCGAGGUGGCAACACUGGGUGCGAGCCUGCGAGGUGGCAACACUGGGUGCGAGCCUGCGAGGUGGCAACACUGGGUGCGAGCCUGCGAGGUGGCAACACUGGGUGCGAGCCUGCGAGGUGGCAACACUGGGUGCGAGCCUGCGAGGUGGCAACACUGGGUGCGAGCCUGCGAGGUGGCAACACUGGGUGCGAGCCUGCGAGGUGGCAACACUGGGUGCGAGCCUGCGAGGUGGCAACACUGGGUGCGAGCCUGCGAGGUGGCAACACUGGGUGCGAGCCUGCGAGGUGGCAACACUGGGUGCGAGCCUGCGAGGUGGCAACACUGGGUGCGAGCCUGCGAGGUGGCAACACUGGGUGCGAGCCUGCGAGGUGGCAACACUGGGUGCGAGCCUGCGAGGUGGCAACACUGGGUGCGAGCCUGCGAGGUGGCAACACUGGGUGCGAGCCUGCGAGGUGGCAACACUGGGUGCGAGCCUGCGAGGUGGCAACACUGGGUGCGAGCCUGCGAGGUGGCAACACUGGGUGCGAGCCUGCGAGGUGGCAACACUGGGUGCGAGCCUGCGAGGUGGCAACACUGGGUGCGAGCCUGCGAGGUGGCAACACUGGGUGCGAGCCUGCGAGGUGGCAACACUGGGUGCGAGCCUGCGAGGUGGCAACACUGGGUGCGAGCCUGCGAGGUGGCAACACUGGGUGCGAGCCUGCGAGGUGGCAACACUGGGUGCGAGCCUGCGAGGUGGCAACACUGGGUGCGAGCCUGCGAGGUGGCAACACUGGGUGCGAGCCUGCGAGGUGGCAACACUGGGUGCGAGCCUGCGAGGUGGCAACACUGGGUGCGAGCCUGCGAGGUGGCAACACUGGGUGCGAGCCUGCGAGGUGGCAACACUGGGUGCGAGCCUGCGAGGUGGCAACACUGGGUGCGAGCCUGCGAGGUGGCAACACUGGGUGCGAGCCUGCGAGGUGGCAACACUGGGUGCGAGCCUGCGAGGUGGCAACACUGGGUGCGAGCCUGCGAGGUGGCAACACUGGGUGCGAGCCUGCGAGGUGGCAACACUGGGUGCGAGCCUGCGAGGUGGCAACACUGGGUGCGAGCCUGCGAGGUGGCAACACUGGGUGCGAGCCUGCGAGGUGGCAACACUGGGUGCGAGCCUGCGAGGUGGCAACACUGGGUGCGAGCCUGCGAGGUGGCAACACUGGGUGCGAGCCUGCGAGGUGGCAACACUGGGUGCGAGCCUGCGAGGUGGCAACACUGGGUGCGAGCCUGCGAGGUGGCAACACUGGGUGCGAGCCUGCGAGGUGGCAACACUGGGUGCGAGCCUGCGAGGUGGCAACACUGGGUGCGAGCCUGCGAGGUGGCAACACUGGGUGCGAGCCUGCGAGGUGGCAACACUGGGUGCGAGCCUGCGAGGUGGCAACACUGGGUGCGAGCCUGCGAGGUGGCAACACUGGGUGCGAGCCUGCGAGGUGGCAACACUGGGUGCGAGCCUGCGAGGUGGCAACACUGGGUGCGAGCCUGCGAGGUGGCAACACUGGGUGCGAGCCUGCGAGGUGGCAACACUGGGUGCGAGCCUGCGAGGUGGCAACACUGGGUGCGAGCCUGCGAGGUGGCAACACUGGGUGCGAGCCUGCGAGGUGGCAACACUGGGUGCGAGCCUGCGAGGUGGCAACACUGGGUGCGAGCCUGCGAGGUGGCAACACUGGGUGCGAGCCUGCGAGGUGGCAACACUGGGUGCGAGCCUGCGAGGUGGCAACACUGGGUGCGAGCCUGCGAGGUGGCAACACUGGGUGCGAGCCUGCGAGGUGGCAACACUGGGUGCGAGCCUGCGAGGUGGCAACACUGGGUGCGAGCCUGCGAGGUGGCAACACUGGGUGCGAGCCUGCGAGGUGGCAACACUGGGUGCGAGCCUGCGAGGUGGCAACACUGGGUGCGAGCCUGCGAGGUGGCAACACUGGGUGCGAGCCUGCGAGGUGGCAACACUGGGUGCGAGCCUGCGAGGUGGCAACACUGGGUGCGAGCCUGCGAGGUGGCAACACUGGGUGCGAGCCUGCGAGGUGGCAACACUGGGUGCGAGCCUGCGAGGUGGCAACACUGGGUGCGAGCCUGCGAGGUGGCAACACUGGGUGCGAGCCUGCGAGGUGGCAACACUGGGUGCGAGCCUGCGAGGUGGCAACACUGGGUGCGAGCCUGCGAGGUGGCAACACUGGGUGCGAGCCUGCGAGGUGGCAACACUGGGUGCGAGCCUGCGAGGUGGCAACACUGGGUGCGAGCCUGCGAGGUGGCAACACUGGGUGCGAGCCUGCGAGGUGGCAACACUGGGUGCGAGCCUGCGAGGUGGCAACACUGGGUGCGAGCCUGCGAGGUGGCAACACUGGGUGCGAGCCUGCGAGGUGGCAACACUGGGUGCGAGCCUGCGAGGUGGCAACACUGGGUGCGAGCCUGCGAGGUGGCAACACUGGGUGCGAGCCUGCGAGGUGGCAACACUGGGUGCGAGCCUGCGAGGUGGCAACACUGGGUGCGAGCCUGCGAGGUGGCAACACUGGGUGCGAGCCUGCGAGGUGGCAACACUGGGUGCGAGCCUGCGAGGUGGCAACACUGGGUGCGAGCCUGCGAGGUGGCAACACUGGGUGCGAGCCUGCGAGGUGGCAACACUGGGUGCGAGCCUGCGAGGUGGCAACACUGGGUGCGAGCCUGCGAGGUGGCAACACUGGGUGCGAGCCUGCGAGGUGGCAACACUGGGUGCGAGCCUGCGAGGUGGCAACACUGGGUGCGAGCCUGCGAGGUGGCAACACUGGGUGCGAGCCUGCGAGGUGGCAACACUGGGUGCGAGCCUGCGAGGUGGCAACACUGGGUGCGAGCCUGCGAGGUGGCAACACUGGGUGCGAGCCUGCGAGGUGGCAACACUGGGUGCGAGCCUGCGAGGUGGCAACACUGGGUGCGAGCCUGCGAGGUGGCAACACUGGGUGCGAGCCUGCGAGGUGGCAACACUGGGUGCGAGCCUGCGAGGUGGCAACACUGGGUGCGAGCCUGCGAGGUGGCAACACUGGGUGCGAGCCUGCGAGGUGGCAACACUGGGUGCGAGCCUGCGAGGUGGCAACACUGGGUGCGAGCCUGCGAGGUGGCAACACUGGGUGCGAGCCUGCGAGGUGGCAACACUGGGUGCGAGCCUGCGAGGUGGCAACACUGGGUGCGAGCCUGCGAGGUGGCAACACUGGGUGCGAGCCUGCGAGGUGGCAACACUGGGUGCGAGCCUGCGAGGUGGCAACACUGGGUGCGAGCCUGCGAGGUGGCAACACUGGGUGCGAGCCUGCGAGGUGGCAACACUGGGUGCGAGCCUGCGAGGUGGCAACACUGGGUGCGAGCCUGCGAGGUGGCAACACUGGGUGCGAGCCUGCGAGGUGGCAACACUGGGUGCGAGCCUGCGAGGUGGCAACACUGGGUGCGAGCCUGCGAGGUGGCAACACUGGGUGCGAGCCUGCGAGGUGGCAACACUGGGUGCGAGCCUGCGAGGUGGCAACACUGGGUGCGAGCCUGCGAGGUGGCAACACUGGGUGCGAGCCUGCGAGGUGGCAACACUGGGUGCGAGCCUGCGAGGUGGCAACACUGGGUGCGAGCCUGCGAGGUGGCAACACUGGGUGCGAGCCUGCGAGGUGGCAACACUGGGUGCGAGCCUGCGAGGUGGCAACACUGGGUGCGAGCCUGCGAGGUGGCAACACUGGGUGCGAGCCUGCGAGGUGGCAACACUGGGUGCGAGCCUGCGAGGUGGCAACACUGGGUGCGAGCCUGCGAGGUGGCAACACUGGGUGCGAGCCUGCGAGGUGGCAACACUGGGUGCGAGCCUGCGAGGUGGCAACACUGGGUGCGAGCCUGCGAGGUGGCAACACUGGGUGCGAGCCUGCGAGGUGGCAACACUGGGUGCGAGCCUGCGAGGUGGCAACACUGGGUGCGAGCCUGCGAGGUGGCAACACUGGGUGCGAGCCUGCGAGGUGGCAACACUGGGUGCGAGCCUGCGAGGUGGCAACACUGGGUGCGAGCCUGCGAGGUGGCAACACUGGGUGCGAGCCUGCGAGGUGGCAACACUGGGUGCGAGCCUGCGAGGUGGCAACACUGGGUGCGAGCCUGCGAGGUGGCAACACUGGGUGCGAGCCUGCGAGGUGGCAACACUGGGUGCGAGCCUGCGAGGUGGCAACACUGGGUGCGAGCCUGCGAGGUGGCAACACUGGGUGCGAGCCUGCGAGGUGGAGUGGUAACAUGCGGGGUGCGUCUGAUGGUGACUUGACAACACACACAGAUAGCAGCCGAGAGCAUGAUUGCAUGCACAGUGUCUCACCGGCAGCAGCAGCCCCCACGUGGAUGGCGUCAUAUGGCCCCGCCUAA